AUGUCGGCUUCUUUGCUGAGGAAGGGUUUGGAGUUGCUGGAUGCAUCGGCAGCGUCCGCCUCCCGGCCCAAAGGAACAGCGACCGCUACCCGGCCCAAGAAGCAGCUGCUGAUGAGGAAGAAAAAAAAGAUUGUCUCAAGCCGCAAAAGAGAUAAAGCUACAGUCAAAGGCAAAGUUACUAAAUCUGUAUUAGAGGAGUAUCAGAAACACCAGGCUGUUGACCAUUUUCAUGAAAACCUGCAGUACAUGCUCAGUAAUCCAUUUGUUACAGACAGUGCUAUCACUCAGAAGGUUCUGGCCCAAAAUAGAGGAAGGAAAGCUAGAGACCACCCAGAGGAGGAAGCAAAGAAGAAGCCUGAGGGUACAGUCUUCACUGAGGAAGAUUUCCAGAAGUUCGAGAAGGAAUACUUUGCUGGAGCAGUCAGCCCAAACUGACUUGUCUCUCAUCACUGGAGAGAAAUAGUCAAAGACAGCAGUUCUUGGUUUC